AUGAUUCUCACUAUCUUUUUCUUCAUAUUCUCUCUUCUUUCCCUCUCUCACGCAUCAGUACUAGAUUUUUGUGUAGCAGAUUAUAAUGCACCAAACGGUCCGGUAGGGUAUUCUUGCAAGCCACCCCAAAGAGUAACCGUUGAUGACUUCGUCUUCCACGGCCUAGGCACAAGUGGAAACACGGCAAACAUUUUCAAAUCCGCUAUUACGCCAGCAUUCAACGCACAAUUUCCAGGCAUAAACGGACUUAAAAUUUCCAUGGCGCGUUUAGAUUUUGCUGUAGAUGGAGUCAUUCCACUUCACAGUCACCCUGGUGCUUCAGAAUUAUUGUUUGUUGUUGAAGGAACACUUGUGGCUGGUUUUGUUUCCUCUAACAACGUUGUUUAUCUUAAAACACUUAACCAAGGUGAUAUUAUGGUUUUCCCUCAAGGGUUGUUGCAUUUCCAAAUUAACAAUGGUCGUUUUAAUGCACUUGCUAUUGUUAGCUUUAGUAGUGCUAAUCCUGGUUUACAAAUAUUGGAUUUCGCUUUGUUUAAGAGUGAUUUUCCUACUGAGAUAAUUACUGCAACUACUUUUCUUGAUCCUGUUGUGGUGAAGAGGCUUAAGGGUGUUUUUGGAGGUAGUGGUUAA